AUGGCAACUUCUCCUCCUGGAAAAAUGCACUGUGGAAUGAUUAAUCCCAUUUGGUUGAAUGGAAGUGGUCCAGUUAUCUGUCCCAAUGGUACAUCGUCAGAAACAGGGUUUUAUCCUGGGUGUAGCUCAGCAACAGUACAUGUGUCUGUUGCUGUACAGGCAGAACUAUUGGAAGGUUCAAGUUUCCCGAUCCCAGGAUACGAUCCUACACCAAGUUUGUUACCAGUAUUCAGAUGCAAGUUUAAUGAAGGGACAAACGGAACUUAUACAUACGACAUCUACUGGUAUAUAAAUGGAUUUGAAAUUACGUCCUAUACUAACAUUCCAAUGAGAGAUAUGAACACUACUUUACUGAAACAUACAGACUGGAUAGAUAGCUACAAAAUGAAUAUAGAGGUUCAAUGUGCUAUUAGAAUGAGACAUUUAGCUAAAUCUGUUCCUGGACCAUUGCAGUACAGUGCAACCUUCAAGGCAGGAAUAUUUCCGGAGAAAUAUGACUAUACAGUCAUUGAAGGCGAAUCCAUUACAAUCUCAUUCAAGUCGACAGUUCCGGUUGGUUGCAUUGCCUCGCAUAAAAGCCUCAUGGCUCACUGUGAUCAGAGUUUUUAUGUGUUUCAACCAGGAAAGAAUUCAAACGUCGGAUCGUGUUCUAAUAAUAUUGCCAUAAAAGAUAUCAUAUUCAAAGCACAAUUUUGUGGCAUCAAAUUUGGAGCCACUGACUGGCAAGACGAGAAGAAACUAGAAGUGUAUGGCUUUAGCGAUGGUCUGUAUAAUAGUGGAGAUAGAUCGACAUACAUAAGGCUUUCAACAUCUGCUGUGUCACCAUUUAAUGAAAUGUGGCAACAUGUACAAAUUCCGGACAUUAAGGUUAAAGUUUUAGAUAAAGAUGCAUCAAUGACAAGCAGGCUUUGUCAAUCUGUAAAUGAUCCUCAUAUUUUGACCUUUGAUGGAAAGUAUUAUCACUUUAUGGACAUUGGUGAAUUUGUUAUGUACAGAAAUGAUAGAGGACCUUAUUGGGUCCAUGCGUUGUUGACCAACUGCGGAUUUGGUUGGCAAGGUUCUGCUUGUCACUGUGCGAUAGCAAUACGAAGUCGCAGUUCCCUGUUUGUAAUCAGGACUUGUAAAUCUAUUUCGAGGACGAAAAAAGAACUACUAACAACACCAGUUACCAAAUUGAUAAGUUGCGAUGACAACGACUUACUUAUUGACUUUAAUCAAGGACGAAACGAGUACAAGAUCACUUUACCAAUCGGAACAGAACUCAAAAUCUCAAUAUCGAGGUGGUCGGGAUUUAUCGGUACUGUAACAGUAAAACCUUCAAUUUAUGACAUAAAUGAAGCAAAAGGGCUGUGUGGUGUUCCGAGUAUCACUAAAGAUCCUUCAGAUGAUUAUACUCAUCGCCAUAAUGGACCAGUUAGCAAUGAUCAGGAAUUCGCUAAAUCAUGGAGGUUAUAUAUUUUAAAAAAUUAA